AGAUGGGAGCAGCUCCCUUCGACAGGCCGCCGUACGAACGACCUUUCCCAUCGGAAUUCAUACCGAGGAGUCCGAAAAAGCGAGCCGUGGACAAACAAGCAGACAUUCUGAUUGGAUCCAUCUUCGUUAGCGGCAAGAGCAAGUGGGAACUGCUCGACAAUAUAGUGAGGAGGAUAUUCAAGGAGUACGUGCUGCGCGUGGAUCCCGUCUCUAGCCUGGGUCUGAGCGUGGACGCGGUGCACAGCUACAGCAUCGGCGACGUCGUGUGA